AUGGCCGGAGUGGGGAUGACAGUGGCUGGAGUGGGAAUAUCAGUGGCCGGUGUGGGGAUGGCAGUGGCUGGAGAGGGGAUGGCAGUGGCCGGAGCGAGGAUGUUAGUGGCCGGAGUGGUGACAUCAGUGGCCGGAGUGGUGACAUCAGUGGCCAGAGUGAGGAAGUCAGUGGCCGGAGUGGUGAUGGCAGCAGCUGGAGAGGGGAUGGCAGUGGUCGGAGCGGGGAUGGCAGUGGCUGGAGUGGGGAUGGCAGUGGCUGGAGUGAGGAAGUCAGUGGCCAGAGCGGGGAUGUCAUUGGCCGGAGUGGGGAUGGCAGCGGCCAGAGCGAGUAUGUUAGUGGCCAGAGUGGGUAUGGCAGUGGCCGGAGCGAGGAUGACAGUGGCCGGAGUGGGGAUGGCAGUGGCCGGAGUGGGGAUGUCAGAGGCCGGAGCAAGGAUUGGCUGGAGAGGGGAUGGCAGUGGCCGGAGCGAGGAUGUUAGUGGCCGGAGUGGUGACAUCAGUGGCCGGAGUGGUGACAUCAGUGGCCAGAGUGAGGAAGUCAGUGGCCGGAGUGGUGAUGGCAGCAGCUGGAGAGGGGAUGGCAGUGGUCGGAGCGGGGAUGGCAGUGGCUGGAGUGGGGAUGGCAGUGGCUGGAGUGAGGAAGUCAGUGGCCAGAGCGGGGAUGUCAUUGGCCGGAGUGGGGAUGGCAGCGGCCAGAGCGAGUAUGUUAGUGGCCAGAGUGGGUAUGGCAGUGGCCGGAGCGAGGAUGACAGUGGCCGGAGUGGGGAUGGCAGUGGCCGGAGUGGGGAUGUCAGAGGCCGGAGCAAGGAUGUCAGUGGCCGGAUGGCCGGAGUGAGGACGUCAGUGGCCGGAGAAAGGAUGUCAGUAGUCGGAGUGGAGACAUCAGUGGCCGGAGUGGUGACGUCAGUGGCCAGAGUGGUGAUGGCAGCAGCUGGAGAGGGGAUGGCAGUGGUCGGAGUGGGGAUGGCAGUGGCUGGAGUGAGGAAGUCAGUGGCCAGAGCGGGGAUGUCAUUGGCCGGAGUGGGGAUGGCAAUGGCUGGAGCGGGGAUGGCAGCGGCCAGAGCGAGUAUGUUAGUGGCCAGAGUGGGUAUGGCAGUGGCCGGAGUGGGGAUGGCAAUGGCCGGAUUGAGGAUGGCAGUGGCCGGAGUGGGGAUGGCAAUGGCCGGAGUGGGGACAUCAGUGGCCAGAAUGGGAAUUGGCCGGACUGGGGAUGGAAGCGGCCGGAGUGGGAAUGUCAGUGGCCGGAGAGCGGACGGCAGUGGCCUGAGCGGGGACGUCAGUGGCCAGUGUGGGGAUGGCAGUGGCCGGACUGGGGAUGGAAGCGGCCGGAGUGGGGAUGGCAGUGGCCGGAGAGCGGACGGCAGUGGCCUGAGCGGGGACGUCAGUGGCCAUGGCCGGAGUGGGGAUGGCAGUCGCCGGAUUGAGGAUGGCAGUGGCCGGAGCGAGGAUGGCAGUGGCCUGAGCGGGGACGUCAGUGGCCAGUGUGGGGAUGGCAGUGGCCGGCGUGGAGAUGUCAGUGGCCAGUGUGGGGAUGGCAGUGGCCGGGGAGGGGAUGGCAGUGGCCUGAGCGGGGACGUCAGUGGCCUGAGCGGGGACGUCAGGGGGCAGAGUGUGAAUGGCAGUGGCCAGAGUGGGGAUGUCAGUGGCCGGAGUGGGGACGGCAGUGGCCGGAUUAAGGAUGGCAGUGGUCGGAGUGGGGAU